CUCUGCUGUAGUUCCUAUACAUAUCAGGUGUAAGAUUGUGAGACUGCGCCUCGACGAUGCUACUUCUUUCUCACCCGCAAUUUACGGAGCAGUCAAAUCAGAAAGACAUCAUAAUUCAAUGUCACGGCGGCAAGGACAUAUAUAAUCAGACCCGUUGAAAAUAGGCGAUCAUCCCCAUAUCUAAAAUCGCCGCUCCUUGCGCGCUCAGCGAUCUACACUUUGCCAUUCCGGCUAAUUCGUAUUUCGCCUUGGCUACCUUCACUCUCGCUCGCACCUUAUUCAGAGACGCAAUAAGAUGUUUUGAUGUUACAAGCUGUUAACAUUAGAUGUCAUGACUGCUUACAAAGAAUGUUUACUCGUGAAAAUGAUGUGGUGUUCGCUUAUGCUGCUCGAUCCGAGCAAUUUCAUUACCUACCAACCUUAUCGCUAACACCACUGCUUAAGACGUGGUUAUGAGGUGUUAUAUGCUGAUUCUGGCCCUCUGGCUGGGGAAUAUUGUUGCCGAGCCUCAGCCAAGCGAUAUACCGGACUGGCUUAAGAACUACAACUUCAAUCCUCCUGGGGAAUGCAAUUCUGAUCCUGCGGGUCCGUUGAACCCUCGGGAAACAGAUUUAAUGUGUCCUCUCCUUGUUGAUGAUGAGACCGCAUUUGAAAGACGUUCAUGGCUUCCCUGGACAUAUCCUCCAGUAUGCGCGGAGCCUGAGAAACCGGGGGACUCUAAGUUGUGCGUGUUCACUUAUAUCAACCUCAGAGGAGAGGUAGGAAUCAGUCUCGUCACCACGCCGGAGAUUGCUGCCGGUGGUGUUGGCAUUCUCGGAGACCCGGACCCGAUAUGGGAGAACUGGGCGAGAGGCCGUCCACUUGUUGUAUCCGGUCCGCCUCCAUACGAGGUCAGGGAUCUAGAGGACAAGGGCAUGGGAGUUAUUGCGAACCGUACGAUUCGUAAGGAUGAGGUCGUGCUGCUGAGAUAUCCGGUUAUCCUUCGGAUAAUGGACUAUAGGCCAUGGAGAACCCAAGACGUGAUGAAAUUGCUUCAUCGAGCUGCCGUUCAACUACCCCAAAAAGAGGCAAUGCAGAUGCUGAAGUUGGCUCAUUCUAAAGGAGGCUACAUCGUUGAGGACAUUGUCAAUACAAAUUCAUUUGGUGUUAUGUUAAAUGGUGCGGACCAUUCGGGUUUAUAUCUUGAUGUGUCGAGACUAAACCAUGCUUGUAAACCAAACAUGUACAGUCGGUUCUCAUCGACUACACUAGGAAUGGAAGUUGUGGCGUAUAGGGAUAUUAAGCCAGGCGAAGAACUAACAUUUAGCUACCUGCCGUUGAAUCUCCUAUCGGAACAACGCCAAACUCUUAUCAAGGAAUGGGGCUUCAACUGCACGUGCUCACUGUGCACCUCCCCAGAAGCCUCAGCAGCUUCAGACCGUCAUCGAAGUCGCCUACAAGAACUACUAGCAGAGCUAGAUCUCCCCGAGAUACGGAAGCGUGCGGCUGUCAGUAAGAGAGUCGAUGAGAUACUGGACUUGUGCGAGAAAGAGUCGCUGGAGGCUCAAGUCGGCGACUUUUAUACCAUCGUCGCGGAGGUCUACUCUGGUAUGGGCGAUGUGGAUGUGGCGAGAAAAUACGCUAGGCUGGCGAUUAAGGAGCUGACGCAUUAUGCUGGGUAUGAUCAUGAGCGUACUAGGAGUGCUAUUGCUUUCUUGGGGAUUUUGAAUGGAUAAGAGGAUGUAUAAAGGAUGUGUGACAUGUUAAAGAAUGGAUUGCUCCUUAGGUAGGUAACUAAUAGAGACUAGAAUCGAACUCCUCUAUAUUAAUAUGAUCACUUCAUUUACGAG